AUGGCACCUAUCAGAGUUGGCCUUAUGGGCCUCUCCACCACGGAUGGAUUUUCAGGCCCGGGUUCCUGGGCCGCAUCUACGCAUCUGCCAGCCCUGAUACAGUCACCCGAAUAUAAAAUUGUGGCGCUCGCGAAUUCUACUGUCAAGUCCGCACAACGGUCUAUAGCAGCUCAUAGGCUGCCUCCAUCAACUAAAGCAUAUGGAAGCGCAACAGAUAUUGCAAAUGAUACUAAUGUGGACCUUAUUGUUGUGUCACUUCAUAUUGAGCAGCUUGCUGAGCUUGCAAGAUUUGCCGGGGUGCAGACUUGCGUUGGAGUUCAGAAGAGAACAUCUCCAAUGAUUUUAAAAUUGAAGGAAAUUAUCUCAAGUGGAAAAAUUGGCCGCAUUGUCAACUUGUCUGCGGUGGCAAGCUCCGUCCGUCGAUCGAUGGAUAAGUGGCCGGAGAACAUGAAGUAUUAUCUGGAUAUGUCUAGCGGCGGGAAUAAGUUUUAUAUUCACUUCUGGCAUUUUCUUGAUAGUUUCAUGUAUGUUAUGGGAGACAUCGUACACCAUCAGUCGAUUUUGAAAACACAGUACAAAACAGUUCAAAUCACGGGCGAAGGGGAUAAAAUCACCGACCCCAAGUAUCCAAAAUCCUCGCCCGAUCAUAUACUCCUACAAGGCAUUAGCGACCGUGGAACGGUAUUCUCGAUGUCUUUCCACAGCCCAAAGAGUUCUGCUGAUGAAAAGGAUAUCCAGUGGUACAUUUCCGGUACACAAGGUGAGAUCAUGGUUACUGCUCCAGCUGCGUGGACUUUGCAUGAUCAGGGGCCAGAAAUUCGGUUUCGGGAUGGUGAUCAGCCUAUAAUCGCUGUUGAUUUCCAAGAAUUUCGGAUCCCUGUAGCUGAAAAAGUGCCUUCAAUCGUAGUCAAAGUUGCGUCAAUGUAUAAUGCUUUUGCCCAGAGCGAUACAAGCAGAUUUGCAACCUUUGAUUCAGACGUGAAGACUCACAGGGUUUUGGAAGCUAUUAAGAGAACUGCGUUUAUUGUUAGGAAGAAAAUUGAGAUAUCAGUGCUAGCGUGGAUAUGA